CUCAAAGGUUACGAUUUUGUUCUCUCAUUUCUAUUUUCCAUCCUAUCCUUUUCAGUUUUCCCCACUCUUUCAUGGAAGUCUACUGCCUCACUGAGCGAGAGUCAACCAUAGUAAAUAGAGGUGGAAGAACUUCUACUGAAGAAGAUGAUUUUCCCCUGGUUAGGUUAUCCUUGAAUUUCUUUUAAUUCCAUUUCCACUUCAACUCCUUUGUUUAUGUGAUGUGAUGGAAGCCAUUGCUGUUGUUGGAGAGGCCAUUCUAUCUGCUUCCUUACAAGGGUUGUUCAAGAAGUUGACUUCAAAUGACUUGCUCAAAUUUGCAAAAGAAGAGCAAGUCUUUGCUGAGCUCAAGAAGUGGGAGAGGCUGCUGAAGAAAAUCCAUGCAGUUCUUGAAGAUGCAGAGGAGAAGCAGAUGACAAAUGGGUUUGUGAAGAUUUGGCUUGGAGACCUAAGAGACUUGGCUUAUGACAUGGAGGACUUACUGGAUGAGUUCACAACUGAAGCUCUGCAGCGCAAGGCAAUGGUAAAACCCCACGCUAGUACAAGUAAGACACGGAAAUUUAUUCCUAGUUGCUUUACUAGUUUGAAUCCACAUAUCGCCAUCUUUAAAUUUAGAAUGGAAUCUAAAAUAAAGGAGGUCACUAGAAGAUUAAAGCAACUGGUUUCGGAAAAGGAUGACCUUGAACUGAAAGAAUAUGGUGGAGCAAAGUCUUAUGAACGGAAAGAAAGAAUACCUUCUACUUCUGUGGUGAAUGAGUGUCAUGUCUAUGGCAGGGAAAAGGAUAAGGAAGCUAUUCUUGAGUUAUUGCUAAGAGCUGAAGUUAGUGAGGAUGAUUUAUGUGUGAUUCCCAUAAUUGGGAUGGGCGGUGUGGGAAAGACAACUUUGGCUCAAAUUGCCUUUAAUGAUGAACAAGUAAAGAAGAGUUUUGAACUAAAAGCAUGGGUCUGUGUGUCUGAAGAGUUUGAUGUUGUUAAAAUAACAAGAGCAAUUUUGCAGGCAAUAACUUUGGAGAGUUUUGAUAAGGAGGAUUUGAAUUUGCUUCAAGUGAGGUUAAAGGAGAAGUUAUCUGGGAAGAAAUUUAUUCUUGUCUUGGACGAUGUUUGGAAUGAGAAUUAUGAUCUGUGGGAUAUUGUUCGUAGGCCUUUCGUGACAGCAUCACCUGGAAGUAAAAUAAUCGUUACAACUCGCAAUGAAGGAGUUGCAUCAAUCAUGGGUAAUGUUCCAGCUUACUCUCUUCAAGUUUUAGAGGAUGAUGAAUGUUUGUCACUCUUUCUCCAACAUGCAUUGGGAACAAGAAAUUUUGAUUCAUACCCAAAUCUUAAAUUAAUUGGUGAAGAAAUAGUGAAAAGGUGUAAGGGCUUGCCAUUGGCUGCAAAAGCAAUUGGAGGACUCUUGCGCAGAAAACAAAAUUGUGAUGAGUGGGAAGAUAUAUUGAAUAGCAGGAUAUGGGAUUUACCAGAAGAGAGAAGUGUUAUUUUUCCAGCUCUAAGAUUGAGUUAUCAUCACCUUCCUUCUCAUUUGAAACGAUGUUUUGCCUACUGUGCAAUAUUUCCCAAAGAUUAUGAAUUCAAUGAGAAUGAAUUAGUUUUGUUGUGGAUGGCUGAAGGUUUCUUACAACAAAUAAAAGGAAAGAAGCAAAUGGAAGUCUUAGGUCUUGAGUAUUUUGGUGAUUUAUUAUCAAGAUCAUUUUUUCAACAAUCAAGUAGCAACAGUUCACGGUUUGUAAUGCAUGACCUGAUUCAUGAUCUUGCUCAAUCGAUUGCAGAAGACGUGUGUUUCAGUUUGGAGGAUAGAUUGGAGAGUGACAAAUUUGUUAUGAAUUUUGAAAAGGUUCGCUAUGCUUCAUUCAAUCAUCAUCGAUAUGACAUCUCGCAGAGGUUUGAAGUCUUCUACAAAAUGAAAAAUUUGCGAACAUUCCUGGCAUUACCAGCUCUUCUUGCUUCAGAUUCAGAUUGGUGCUACUUACCUUAUAAGGUGUUACAGGACUUGCUGACAAGAUUACAGUGCUUAAGGAUACUAUCUUUGAGUGGUUAUAGGAUAAAGGAGAUACCAGAUUCAAUCAGCAAUUUAAAGCAUCUAAGGCACCUUAAUAUUUCUCACUGUGCAGUCCAGUGCCUACCUGAAUCUGUGAGUGCUCUUUCAAACUUACAGACGUUGAUAUUACGUAGAUGUAGUAAGCUUUCUAAGCUGCCUGCAGGAACUGGGAAUCUAAUCAAUUUGCGUCAUCUUGACAUUACUUGUACACAUAAUUUGCUAGAGAUGCCACUGGGAAUAGGCAAAUUGACAGACCUCCAAUUCUUGCCAAAAUUUAUUGUGGGGACAUGUGGUGGCCUCAAGAUAAAAGAGUUGAAGGAUUUGUUGCAACUUCAAAAGGGCCUUUCCAUUACAGGGCUGCAUCAUGUGGUGGAUGUUAGAGAUGCCAGAGUUGCUAAUUUAAAGCAGAAGCAGGGCCUUGAUGAGUUAGCUUUUGAAUGGAUUGAUGAUUUUUAUGACUCACGAAGCAAAAGGAAUGAAAUGCAGGUCCUCAACUUUCUAGAACCCCAUCAGAAUCUAAAAAGGCUCACAAUCAAGUUCUAUUGUGGCACAGAAUUCCCAUCCUGGCUAGGUGAUUCCUCUUUCUCUAAUUUAACACACUUGGAACUCUGUGACUGCAGAAAGAGCACAUCAUUACCAUCACUUGGUCAAUUGCCCUCUCUCCAAGACUUGAGCAUAAGAGGCAUGAAUGCUGUGAAAUAUGUUGGCAUUGAGUUUUAUGGGGAUUUAUCUCCUUCUUUUGUAUAUUUCCCAUCUUUGAAAAUUCUCAAAUUUGAAGACAUGCAAGAAUGGCACGAAUGGUCUUUCCAUGGUGUCACUGAAGAAGGAAUCUACCCUAAUCUUCUAGAGCUUACGAUAAAGAACUGUCCCAAAUUGAAUGGAAAUUUACCUAGCCACUUUCUGUCCUUAUAUAGUCUUCAUAUUUUUAAAUGCCCAAGCUUGACAGGUCCACUAAUAAGCCUCCCUUCUCUGCGUGAGUUAAAUAUAAGAGAAUGUAAUGAGGUGGUUCCCAAAAUUCUGACUGAUCUCACAUCACUCACCACCUUAAGAAUUGGGAGAAUUUCAAGGUUUACUUCCUUGCCAAAUGUGUUGAUACAGAGCUUGGAAUCACUUGAAAUUUUGGAGAUUCAAGAUUGCCAUGAGAUGAUAUCUUUGUGGCAGGAAAGAGCUAGUGUAGAAAGACUUGCUUCUUUGAGGCGUUUAGAGAUUCAUAAUUGUUCCCAGCUUGUGUCUUUGGAAAAUGAAGAGUCUUUGCCCUGCAGUCUUGAAGUUGUGAACCUAGUUAAUGGUGGUGCCCUAGAGAAACUGCCAAAUGGGUUGCACAUGCUCACCUGCCUUAGAAGUUUGAGCAUCCGAAGGUGUGCAAGACUGAUCUCAGUUGCAGAAACAUGCUUGCCGUCUUCCCUCAAGCAUCUUCAGUUAAUAAAUUGUGAUACUCUCAUGUCUCUACCUUUAGGGGUCACAGUGUUGAUGCAUGCUAACAAAAGCAACCAGUGUCUUCUUGAAGAGUUAGAAAUUCAGUCAUGCCCUUCUCUCAAAUCAUUUCCAAAGGGCAAGUUACCUAGCACUUUAAAGUCCUUGGCCAUUCGAGAUUGUAGAAAUCUGCUGAGUUUGCCUGAGGGAAUCAUGUGUAUUGAUAAUGAUGUCAAUCCUAUGCCUCUUCUUGAAGAACUGACAGUUAGUGGAUGUUCAUCACUCACAACAUUUCCGGCAGGGGUUUUUCCGUCUAGACUUAAGACGUUUCACGUUUGGGAUUUCAACCAAUUGGAGUCACUUUCAAGAUGGAUGUUUCGAAGUAAUAUGUUGCUGGAAUGCAUUAGUAUUUGGAACUGCCCAAUUCUGAAAAUCUUGGAGCUUGAAUACCACGCUAGUUUGAUGCAUCUCAGUGAACUGGAAAUUAGUUGUUGUCCUAGUUUAAAGUCUUUAGGUAGCAGCUUCUCCAUCCCCAAUCUUAAAUCCUUGAAGAUUGAGGACUGUCUGACUCUCAAGUCCCUACCCAAUCAGAUGCAUAACCUUAAGUCUCUUGAAUCAUUAAUCAUACUGGAUUGUCCAAGUCUCACUUCCUUUCCAGAUGGGGGCUUGCCCCAUAACUUAACAAAGCUGGAGAUAUGGAAUUGUGAGAAUUUGAAGCAGCCAAUGUCAGACUGGGGCAUGCACAGACUUACUUCUCUCCAAUGCUUCCAUCUUGUUGGGACAAGUCCUCCAGAGAUGAGCUCCUUUCCUGAUGAAGGUGGGCUCUUGCUUCCCACCUCUCUGAACUUUCUUUUUCUCGAAAGAGUCCAGAACCUGGAAUCUUUAUCCAGAGGCAUCCAGGAGCUUACCUCUCUUGUGCAAUUAUGGAUCAUAAACUGUCCUAAUGUCUGGUCCUUACCAAAAGAAGGCCUCCCUCCCACACUUGGACAACUCUACAUCGGCAACUGCCCUCUUCUGAAACGGCGGUGCUCGAAGGAGAAAGGAGAAUACUGGCCCAUCAUAGCCCACAUCCCUCAUAUGGUGAUAGAUUGAACUCAACUAAACUGUGCAAGAAUAAUAGGGAAGUAGAAGCUAAUCCACGAAGUCUUUUAGAUCAUCAAGCAGGGCAGCAGACAUUCCGAUUAACUCCAAAGCAUACUCAUCCUCCGCCAACUUUUUCAUUGAAAAAUAUGUUAAUUUAAAUUUUCACCUUUGUUUUAUUAAUAUUUUUCCCCUUUCUUGUGCUCAAACCUUUAGCAUUACUUCUCACUUCAGUUGCCCCCUUCAUAGCUUUCAGCUUCAACAAACAAUGACCUGCUAAGAAAGAAAGCUGCAUAUAUAGUUUUGACAGAUAAAAAGAGUACAGGCUUUUUAGCUGCAUAAGUUGGCUUUGAAUCUUUGAAAUUUACUUAAGAUACUGAAUAUUUGGUUUGUGCUCUACAAGUUGAAAAUACUGAACCUUUUUCUUCUUUCAUUUUCA